ACAGUCCAACAUGCGCGUUAUCGGCAUGGUUCAGAAGAUGGCUCUGGGGCUCCACAUUCUGCAUGCUGGAAGGGUUCCUGUGUCACUUUUUGGUGCUUACGUCCAUGUACAUUAUCUGUUAUAUAUCGUUCCAUCGGUACAUGGUCGUCUGCAGACCGGUUUGGGUGCCAAAGUGUUUAUACAGACGAGAUUAUGCUGUGUGUGCCGCAUGCUUCGCCUUGGGAUGUCUGUGGGCGUCAGUGCCUCUGUUUGGAUGGAGUCGGUAUCGACUUGAAAUAAAUGGCGUCAUGUGUGGUCCUGAAUGGAAUACAAAUAACCGGAGGAAUAUGACGUACAUCUACAUUGGAAUGGCAUUAGGUUUAGCUGUUCCCUUCGCAGUGAUGAUUUUUUCUUACUGCAACAUUAUCAUAAAGAUCGCAAAGGUCACCAGGAAAAUAUCGGGAGAUAAAAACAGUGCAAUUGCAAGAAACAAAAUUCAGAUGGAGAAGAGCAUCAUGCUGACAUGCAUCCUUAUUAUAAUGAGUUUUCUCACUUGCUGGACUCCGACUCUUGUGGUCUUCGUUAUCCACGGAAUGUCAACAGAAAAGAAGCUCCCAAAGGUUGUACUGGCACUGCCACCUAUCAUAGGCAAGAUGCAGAGUCUGCUGGAUCCUAUUGUCUACGUAUCGAGAAACAAACAAAUCAGAAUGGCCGCCUAUAAAUGGUGCUGCAAUAACGAAAUCAUCUUAAGUGAAGAAAAUGUUAUCAGAGCGUUAACAACGAUUUAA